CAUUCUGCUGUUUAACCCUUUGCGGGAACUUGCGCCUAUCUUGGUAAAAGAGACAAAUAGGGCUAGUGCGAUGUCAAGUUCUCGUUCUUUGUAAUCCAAAUACGUGAGCGGCUGUGGCCAGGUAAUCACAACCAUUAAAAAAAGUCCCAUCUUUCUGUGACCCUGAGCUUGCCAACUCUGUUCGCCCAUGUAUGGUACAUUUGAUUGACGCUCUUUGGAUUCGGAAUUUUAAAUUUUUUUUCCCAGCGCAAAAAACCAAGGUAGCUCCCGCCUCUCUGCUUUCCUUUGGAAUGAAAUUUUUGAAGGCUUUCAGUAUUUGUGACUCAGAAAUUGGAAUUCGUCGCAAUAGAAAUCCCGAUCACCUGAGUUCUGUGUCUGCAGCGCCAACAGGAUUUAUUGAGCUUCAAAUGAUACAUCAUGGGGACGGCUCUUGCCAGGCCGCCUGCGAAGCCGUCUCUCUCGAUCGUUUCGAUUCGCUUCCUGCCCUGCAGGUUUUGCCAUUCGAUAAUGGGGAUGUUUCUUCUCCAUCUUCACGCUAUUCAUCAUGUGGAGAGUCCGAUUUCGACAACUAUUGUAGCGCGAACUCGGUCUUGGGUACCCCAAGUGUGUGUAGCACGGUUACUGUUUUCAACGAUUUUACGGAAUCUGAUAAAAGUGAUCUGGAGAAUUUUAGUUUAAGAGAUAUAGUUGCUAUUACGAGCAAGGAUCAGAUGCUUUCAUCGAUCGGUGCUUCGAGCAGUACGCCAUUUUUGCUAGCUGGGAUUCGCAGUGGGAAUAUCCAGAUUCACCAGAACUUAAAAUGCAGCUCCAUUGGGUUAGAAUUGCAUGGAGGUGACAACGACGAAGCUCCUGCUACUUCCAUGCUAGUUGCAUCGAGUUUUAAGGGGACCAACCAAUUAGACAAUGAUUUGGACCAGAAUUCUAUUCAUAACGGUUCUGAAAUGAGUAUAGGACGAAACAAAAUAGGAAUACACACAAAGUCCCUUGAAACUCUGUCCGGUAACGAGAGUGAUGCUGUAGGAACUACUGAGAAUUAUUUGUUGGGUGACGCGGAUGGGGAGUGCUCUGGAAUUGUGUUAACAGUUGGGGGAGAGUACGAGUACAUUGGCCGUGAAUCUAAUCUGCAAAUCGAUAGAGCCACGGAUCCAAAUAUACUCAGAGCACAGGUCAAAGAUGUUGACAAUUCGGUUAGUUGUCCUAAAACUUAUUUUACCGCCGAGGAUUAUAGGGUAGGUUUAAAUCUUCUAACAAAAGAAGCUCCUAAGUAUGAGACUUCAGAAUUUGAUGAUGAUGGAGCCGUGGAAGAAGUUACGAAGACUGAAAAAUCUGAUAGCACUAGUGGCAAUGCUCAACAAGCCAAAGCCCCAGAGCUGGAUAAUUCUCAAGUCAAGUUUGAUCUUGUUUUUAAUAGUAAAUUUGAUCUAAAGUCCAUCAAUCUAGCCACACAACCUGGGAACAUAAAUGCAGCAUCAUUUCUGGACCUCGAAGCAAUAGUGCCUUCUUCAAAUUGUGAAAUGAGGAAAACAUUCGACAAUUCUUCCGCCUCGACAAAUCUCUCUAAGAGAAGUCCCGUGACAUCAAAGAAGAAGAAUUUUGAGCUAAAUGAACUGUAUGAUGAUGUUAAUGAAAUGGAAGAAAUUUUACUAGAGUCUAUUGAUUCUGCUGGUUUUAGGCUUGUUCAGGGCAAUAGAUUGCUGGAGCCACAAUUUUUAAGCCUUUAAGAGAUGGUGGGUUGACAGCCUCUACUUCUGGUACAGAUGGUGGUUGCCUGCUUGUUCAACCUCCAUUGAGAUUAGAUAGGGUUGAAGUUGUAGGUGCAAGGCAGAAGAAGGGAGAUGUUUCUUUCAGCAAAAGAUUGGUG